CAUCAAAACCCAUAAUCAUCACGCCUCUCUUCUCCUUCCCCACUCCCACAUUCCUCUCUCUCUCUCUCUCUCUCUCUCUCUCUCUCUGCAAUGUCCAUAAACUUCUCUUCAAACGUUCCAAAAUCUCUCUGGUGGCCUCAGAAAGACCACAGACAAUCCACCAUGGAACCAAACCCAAACUCUCCUUCCUCUCAACCACACGAAGAAUCCCCCAUCUCCAACCCAACUUCCACUUCAUGGCCUUCCCAUCUCUUCCCUCACACUAUGCUUCCUCCCCAUAACGCCACUCUCAAUUUCAGUCUCAACCACGUCGACGAUGAACAACAAUACCCUGAACAAGACUCAAGUAACCGACAACGCUACUCUCGACUAGAUAAAGAAGUCAUGUUCGAGAAACCCUUAACCCCAAGUGACGUCGGAAAGCUUAACCGUUUGGUGAUACCUAAACAGCAUGCGGAGAAGUAUUUUCCGCUCAGCGGUAACACGGUUGACAAAGUGCUGUUACUGAGUUUCGAGGAUGAGUUAGGCAAAUGGUGGAGGUUCAGGUAUUCUUAUUGGAGCAGUAGCCAGAGCUAUGUAUUGACAAAAGGAUGGAGCAGGUAUGUGAAGGAGAAACGACUCGAUGCAGGCGAUAUCGUUUUGUUCGAACGCCACCGUCUGGACAGCGAGCGGCUGUUUAUAGGGUGGCGGAGGAGAGGCAAUACCAGCAGCGGUGGUUUGUGGAAUAGGAGUCUGUAUUCUUCUUCUUCUUCAUCUGGAUACCAACCUUAUCAACAGGGCCAUGGGGCUAAUGUUACUGCUGGUGUCCCAUAUCAACCUGAGUGUCUUCAUGCAGGGUCUGGUGUGCAGAACACAAAGAGACUGAGGCUAUUUGGAGUGAACUUGGAAUGUCAACUUGAUGAACCAGAGCCAUCGACGCCAGAUGGUUCGUCUUUGUCGAGCCAGGGUCCAACCCAACAACAACCCUAUGGCUUCCACUCAGCUCAUUCUUCUUCUUCAAAUAGCAGCCAUAGUCACAUGGAUAUCACUUUCUCACGAGAUAUCAACCAGAUGAGAAAUCACCGAGGAUAAGAUCUGUGGAUGUGACGUUCUUGGAUUUGACUUAAUUGAACACUCCUCUACCCCUUCCUCUUCUCCACUUGGAAGGUGAAAAAGAUUUUUCUUGAAAAUAUUUUCUUUCUAUAAAAAUUAAAAAAAAAAAAGAUAAAAAAAAUCCCAGAAUUUCAGGUGAAACUUCAAGCCAGGAGGAGAGUGAAAAAGGAAAAUGGGGGAAAUUUGAGAUGGGGGAAAAUUAAAAGGGAUGGGAAAUGGGCCCCAAUGAAGACAAAAAUGAGCAGUGGGGACUAAUGGUGACAUAAGGAAAUAGCCAAAUGGGAAAAUUUUGUAGUGGUUUGGGAAUUGAAAUUGAGAGAGGAAUCUACUUGGGCACUGUUGAGAUUCUGCCUCAAGAUUUUUCCAUAAGGUAUCAUAAUCAUAAUGAAAGGAGGUGGUGGUGGUGGAUGCCUGGGUGGGUGGCUGCCACCACCCUCACCAUCUCUUCCUCUUAUUUAUAAGUCUGUCUUGUAAUUUAUAUCAGUUAGCUGUUUUUGUAGUGUAGUGAAAACUAUUAUAGUAGUGAUCAGUCUUAGAAGUUACCGUUGAGUAGAGUCUGUAUGUAAACUUAUUUUUAGUACAAGUCAGUAAAAAGAAAAAAAAAAAUCAUAGGCUUCAUGGGAA